AUGGACAUCUGGAUCUACGAAUACCAACCCACCUGGCCCACCUCCUUCCUCGCCAUCCAAUCCGAGCUCGCCUCGGACCUCGCCCGCGCCCCCAUCGCCUACCGCGCCAUCACCCACGUCGGCAGCACCGCCGUGCCGGGCCAGACGGGCAAAAACGUCAUCGACGUCCUCAUCACGGUGCGCCGCGCCGAUUUCGCCAAACACGUCAUCCUGCAGCAGUUCAAAGGCGCGCUGAUGCACGGCGUCGCGCAGGGCGGGUAUUACUACCUGGGCGACGGCGGCGUGCGCGGCCGCUGGAGCUUCAAGCUGCGCGCGGUGGCGGCGGAGGGGAGCGUGGUGCAGAGGAGUUGCGUGGCGUUGCGGGAUACGCUGCGGGCGGAGCCGGGGCUGAGGGUUGAGUAUGGGAGGGUGAAGUUGGAGGCGUCGGGGGGGGAGUGUCGGAAUAUUAUGCAGUAUGCGACCAAGAAGAAUGGGGUUGUGAGGAAGAUAUUGAGGAAGGCGGGGUGGAGCGAGGAGGACAUUGAUGAGAAGGAGGCUCAGGCUGUGAAGGAUUGGCCUCGGGGGUUGGAGAUCUAG